AUGAGAAACCGUACAGCAAUUACAACGUUCAUUCUUCUGGGACUGACAGAAGAUCCUCAGCUGCAGGUCUUGCUUUUUAUUUUUCUAUUUAUUACAUAUAUGUUGAGUGUAACUGGCAAUCUGAUCAUCAUGACCCUCACUGUGACAGAUCCUCACCUGAAAACUCCCAUGUAUUUUUUCCUCCAAAAUUUCUCUUUCUUAGAAAUCUCAUUUACAACUGCCUGUGUUCCAAGAUUCCUAUACAGUAUUUCAACUGGAGACAGAACAAUUACCUAUAAUGCAUGUGCUACUCAACUAUUUUUUACAGAUAUCUUUGGGGUAACUGAGUUUUUUCUUUUGGCUACCAUGUCCUAUGAUCGUUAUGUGGCCAUCUGCAAACCUUUGCACUAUAUGACAAUCAUGAACAGCAAAGUUUGCAAAACACUGGUUAUCUUUUGUUGGACAGCAGCAUGUAUGAUUAUUCUCCCACCACUUAGCUUAGGAUUUCACCUGGAAUUCUGUGACUCUAAUAAAAUUGAUCAUUUUGGCUGUGAUGCAAAUCCUAUUCUGAAAAUAUCGUGCUCAGAUACAUGGUUAAUUGAACAAAUGGUUAUAGCUUCUGCUGUAUUGACUUUCAUCAUAACUCUUCUAUGUGUAGUUCUUUCCUACAUAUAUAUCAUAAGGACAAUUCUGAAAUUUCCUUCUGUUCAGCAAAGGAAAAAAGCCUUUUCUACCUGUUCUUCACACAUGAUUGUGGUUUCCAUCACCUAUGGCAGCUGUAUCUUCAUCUACAUCAAGCCAUCUGCAAAAGAAGAGUUAACCAUUAAUAAAGGUGUGUCAGUGCUUAUUUCUUCCAUAUCACCUAUGCUGAAUCCUUUCAUAUACACUCUGAGGAAUAAGCAAGUUAAACAAGCCUUUCAGGAUUUACUCAAGAAAAUCGCAUUUCUCUUAAAGAAGUAA